GCCUUGUUUCUUUCACUGCAGGUUCUUGAAAACUUGAAGUUCAUGAAUCUCAAGCACUCCAAAUUCUUAACGGAAACCCCGGAUUUCUCAAGGGUUACCAACCUUGAACGGUUAGUUUUAAAAGGUUGUAUAUCUUUGUAUAAGGUUCACCCAUCACUUGGAGAUUUGAACAAACUCAAUUUCUUGAGUUUGAAAAAUUGCAAAAUGCUGAAGAGUCUUCCAAGUUGCAUUUGUGAUUUGAAAUGCCUUGAAAUAUUUAUUCUUUCUGGUUGCUCGAAAUUUGAAGAGUUACCUGAGAAUUUUGGGAAGUUAGAAAUGUUGAAGGAAUUUUGUGCGGAUGGAACUGCUAUUAGGGUACUUCCCUCCUCUUUUUCUUUAUUGAGAAACCUUGAAAUAUUAUCCUUUGAGGGAUGUAAAGGACCACCACCAUCUACCUCAUGGUGGUUGCCAAGAAGAAGUUCAAAUUUCAGUAGUUUCGUAUUGUCUCCUUUGUCAAGUUUAAGCUCCUUAAAAACUCUAAGCCUAAGUGCCUGCAAUAUAUCAGAUGGAGCAACUCUUGAUAGUCUUGGCUUCUUAUCUUCACUGGAAGAUUUAGAUUUAAGUGAGAACAACUUUGUUACUCUGCCUUCAAAUAUCAACCGACUUCCUCGCUUGAAAAUGCUUGGGUUGGAAAAUUGUAAAAGAUUGCAAGCACUGCCAGAGCUUCCAACAAGCAUACGUAGUAUAAUGGCUCGUAAUUGCACAUCAUUGGAAACAAUCUCAAAUCAAUCAUUUGGCUCCCUACUAAUGACUGUCAGAUUGAAGGAACAUAUCUAUUGCCCAAUAAAUCGGGAUGGCCUUUUAGUUCCUGCACUCAGUGCAGUUAUUUUUGGGAGUAGAAUACCAGACUGGAUAAGGUACCAGAGCUCAGGGAGUGAAGUAAAAGCAGAGCUACCUCCAAACUGGUUUGAUUCCAACUUCCUGGGUCUUGCUUUGUGUGUUGUCACUGUUCCCAGGCCGGUGUCACUUGCCGAUUUUUUUGGUCUUUUUUGGAGAUCAUGUACCUUGUUCUAUUCCACAUCCAGUCACGCUUCUUCCUCCUUUGAUGUUUACACUUAUCCAAAUCAUCUUAAGGGAAAGGUGGAGUCAGAUCACUUAUGGCUGGUUUAUGUACCGCUUCCCCACUUCAUCAAUUGGCAGAAGUCACUCACAUCAAGGCUUCAUUCAGAAUAACCACCUUCAUGCGCCUUAAUGUAAUUAAGGAAUGUGGGAUUGGUCUAGUGUAUGUUAAUGAAGAGGUGAAUUACUCUCUCUUCUCUCCUCCUCCUAAUGAGUCAUCUGUUGUCCUUCAAGAAAUCCAUGGGGAGGGAUCUAGUGGAAGUGGGAGCUCUAAUAUUGAUGGCUCAGAAUCAGAGAACUCCGAUUACUAUUCUGCUGAUGAGGGGGAACCCUCUGCACCCCUGCUGUAAGGAUCACUCUUAAUCAGAGAUGUGGCCAGAGAAACACUUGCAAUGCAGCCAUUAUCAGAGCAUCCCUUGAUGAGGAGGAACUAGCCAGACAAAUGCCUGAUUUGCACCCAAAUCUUUCCAUAACAACUCUUGGUGAGUUGUGUGCUUCCUUUGUUUCUUUUCCUGAAACUGACUUUGAGUUGCUUAGCAAAAUACCUUUCUUUCUAGUAUUCUCGAAACAUCAUAACUAUUGGAGUUUUUGGGUUGUGUAUUAGUGGUGUUGCUGACUAGUUUUUGGAGUUUGAUACAUGUUGGGUUGUUGUUACUGGUUUUUGCCUCAAGUUUGCCUUGAUACAUGUUGAGUUGUUUAGCAAACUCUCUUGACAGAUUUUGGUUUUCUUUCCCGCAUGGUAUUGUGAAACAUCCCUGUUCAUAUUCCUAUUUUCUUUCUUAUUCUCAUAUACUAAACAUAUACCCUUAAGGGCAUAUGUUCUCUUCCAAUGUUAGAACGAAACAGAUCAUGAUCAUUGUUUUUGGGA